AUACCGUAUAUCGAAUGUAUUGUAAUCAUAUUGCAGUGUGUCGCGCAUUCUUCGAAACCGUCGGGCCUUCGGAGAACUGUGAUGACAUUUUCGGAACGCUUUGUUUGAUCGCACAAAAUAACCCCGCGGGGCAUGACCGACAGUUGGUGACGAUGAUGAAGCAGAAACGACGAACGCUCAAGAAUCGUGGUUACGCCCUGAACUGUCGAGUGCGACGUAUUCAAAACCAACUACAGUUAGAAGCCGACAACAUUCAACUUCGGGAUCAGAUUUCGCGGUCUUCAUCAGAUGCGUCGGAAUGCAAGACGACUU